AUGCACCUGCGUUUCCUCCUACUGGUGGCUGUUGCCUCGAGCACCAAGGCCAUCUCGACGACAGCUGCCGCUAAUGAGGGUAGCACGAAACUUCGGGCGACGGAUUAUCCGGCUCCCGUUGCUGUUGCCGUCGAGGAGAUCAACCGACGUCUGCGAGCGUCUGACUUGGACUCUCCGAUCGAGGGAACCCCACACCACAGUGACUGGGUCAAAGACCCGCUGGACGGACAGGUGUUCCUGGAGCAUUUACUCCAUCGAGCGCUGACGAACCCGGAAAAGAUGGAUAGGCUGUUCAAUCAGUGGUACGAUGAAGGGCGCUCAGCUGAGGAGAUCUCUUUCGGGUUAUCUCGGCAUGCCAGCAGAGACCUCGAAGAAGCGUACGAGAAUCUUCGUUUGAACUAUGUGAAGUUUGUCGAGGCCAAACGGUCCCCCCAACAAAGUAAUUGA